AUGUCCUACAAGGUUGCUGCCCCCGAUGAGUAUCUUGCCAUCACUGGCAUGGGAAUCAAGAAUGUCAAAAUCACAAAGGCAACAUGGGUGUAUCCCUUCCAGCGCUGCAUGCGCUUCAGCGUGCAGCCACACGAUUAUGCCAUGAAUCUGCAGGCCAUGACAAAGGAGAAGUUGCAGUUCCUCCUGCCUGUAGUCUUCACGGUCGGUCCCGAUGUCAACCAACGCGGUGCAAACGCCAAGCGAGGCAACAAGGCACAGGACUUGAUGGCUUCUGCUGGCGUGGAGGAUCACUCUGUUGCUGGCAGCUCCGCUGGCAUUGAGGCUCAUGAUCAUGUCAGCGACCAUCGGCGCGAGGAUCGGGGAGACUCGUUAAUGAAAUACGCCAUGCUCCUAGCAGAUUCUGGUGCUAAGAAAGUCAACAACACACACCAAUUCCUGGAGAACAUCGUAAAGGGUAUCAUCGAAGGUGAAGUCCGUGUGCUGGUUUCCAGUAUGACUAUGGAAGAAAUCUUCACUGAGCGUGAGGUCUUUAAGCGCCGAAUCUUCCGCAAUAUUCAGGGCGAACUCGACCAAUUCGGACUGAAGAUCUACAACGCCAACGUGAAGGAGUUGAAGGACGCUCCUAACUCCAUUUACUUCGAGUCUCUCUCGCGAAAGGCGCAUGAAGGAGCGACCAACCAGGCUAGAAUUGACGUUGCUGAGGCUCAGCUGCGUGGUAACGUCGGUGAAGCUCAACGCAAGGGUGAACAAGAUCGUGAGAUUGCCAAGAUCAACGCCGAGACAGCCGUUCAGAAGACGGAGCGUGACAUCGAGCGUGCCGCGGCAGAGGCUCACCUCUCGACCAAGAAGGCGACCCUGAACCGAGAUGUGGACAUUGCCCGGAUCGAGGCAACUCGCGCAACUGAGGUGAAGGACGAGGAGCUCAAGAAGCAAGUCGAGCUAAAGCGUGCCGCUGCUGAGAUGGAGCGACUGCGUGCUUCCGAUGUCGUAAAGGCUACGAUCGCCAGAGAAUCCAAGCAGCAGGCCGCUGAUGCAAAGGCCUACGAGAUUGAGGCCGAUGCUCGUGCCAACUUCGAGAAGGCCAUGAAACAAACUGAUGCCGCUGCCUAUAAGACCACGAAGGAUGCUGAGGCCACUGCCACCGCCGACUUCAACCGCACGACAAAGAAUACUGAUGCUGCAGCUUAUAAGACCAGGCAGGAUGCUGAGGCUUGGAGCUUCGCUGCUACAAAGAACGCCGAAGCCAACCUUAUCAAGAAGCUCAGAGAGGCCGAGGGUCUCUCGGCUAUGGCUGAUGCCUACGGCAAACUGGCGCAAGCUUUCGGUGGCCCCGCUGGUUUGCUGCAGUACAUGAUGAUCGAGAAGGGCACAUAUGUAGAGCUCGCAAAGGCCAACGCCACUGCUAUCCAGGGUCUGCAGCCCAAGAUCAGUGUCUGGAACACCGGGGCUCAAGCCGGCACCGAGGGCGGCAAUGGUGCCCAGGGCCAUGGCUCUGGCAUUGAUACCAUGCGCAAUGUUUAUCAGAUGCUGCCGCCGCUGAUGACCACUAUUAACGAGCAAACCGGUAUCACCCUACCUGAGUGGCAGUUUGGUCGCCUAGCGGGUCAGAUGAGCGAGGCCGAGAGACAGAAGGCCGUUGUCAAUGGCCAGAAGGAACUUGAUUAA